CCACCCCCCAACAUCACCGUGCUCCGGGGUGUGGCGGGCCAGUCCCUGCGGGUCUCCUGCCCCUACGACUCGGUGAAGCACUGGGGGAGGCGCAAGGUCUGGUGCCGCCAGCUGGGUGAGCAGGACCCUUGUCAGCCAGUGGUCAGCACGCAUAGCCUGUGGCUGCUGUCCUUCCUGAAGAGGCGGAAUGGGAGCACGGCCAUCACGGACGACAUCCUGGGUGGCACCCUCACCAUCACACUGCGGAAUCUUCAGGCUCACGACGCAGGCCUCUACCAGUGCCAGAGCCUUCACGGCAUGGAGACCGACACACUCAGGGAGGUCCUGGUAGAGGUCUUGGCUGACCCUCUGGAUGACCAGGAUGCUGGAGAUCUCUGGGGCUCCGAGGAGUCUGAGAGCUUCAAGGAUGUUCAAGUGGAGCACAGCAUCUCCAGGAAACUCUCAGAAGGACAGACUCCCUCCCCACCCACUUCAGUCCUUUUCCUCCUGGUCUGCAUCUUCCUUGGCAAGCUUCUAGCAGCCAGCACCCUCUGGGCGAUGGCCUGGCAUGGACAGAAGCAGAGGACACCUCUGGACAGUGGACUGGGCCAUGGCCAAGAGCCGGGACACCCGCUCCAGACCCUGACAGUCUGUUACAGGGCUGAGAGAAGCCUGAGAGAAGGGGACUCCUGAUGGGAGGAGAUGCCUGGAGGAGGUUCAGCCAGAGGCCACCUGACCUGCACAUUUGCCCUUGGCCACCAGAUUCCUGGUUCUGCUCCGGCAAGAAGCCACUCUGCCUGCACCCUGCCUCCUGGGCCCCUGGAAGCAGGCAUUUGCAUGGGGGAAGGUGGGGGUGGGGCACCUGUCAACUUCUAGACACUGGACAUAAAAUGCUCUCACAAAUAAAUCCAAGACUCAUGUUUAA